AAUCGAAAGGCAAUAUUUCAUGGGGGAAAAAACUACAAACACAUGUCUCCGAUAUGCGUGCAUACUGUAUAGAUAUAUUGUACGCAAACCCCCAUUCACUUCUCAACGUACAAGUCCAAACGAUCGACGCGGUAUGAAGUGAGAUUUUAUGCAAUAAUCGCUCUCCGUGAAACGAACGCGUAGUACAAAUGUGAUUUAAAGGAAUAUUUCCCGUAUAUCUGGACCAAGAGAUAAGACCUUCUCCAGUGAGGAGAGACGACACAAACUAGGACGCUGUAGACAAGGAGGAAGGAAGGAGAGAACGAAAAAUCCCACCGAAUUUUUUGUAUAUAUGAUGAGUGCCAAAGCCGAUCCCUCCAAUACGACAACGACGACGACGUCACAGUGUGACUGUCCGGAAAAGAUGAACCAUCACAGCAUUCUAUAUACGUUAUUAUCAUCAGGGACAUCGACGACCACGGCAACGUCGUCAUCGCCGAAUCCGGCAGCGACGGACGAUGUGUGUCAACCUAAAUCGGAAGAAGAGAAGGCCGGGGGUAAGGAACAGGAGGCAAUAUAUUCAUGGGAUUGCACAAUGAGGGCGCCCCACUUGACGCAGACUCUACCCACGAUCAUCAAACUCAAACACGCGGAGGAGGUGUGUCCAUACGCGGCCCAGCUCCUCCUCAAAACCGUGGAUUUCAUCCGGAAUCUACCCGCGGUGCUGUGUCUCUCACGGAGCGAUCGUGUGCGACUUCUCCAGCACUGCUGGUCAGAACUCCUUAUUCUAACCAUGGCGCAAUGUGAGUUCCACAUACAAGUGGAAAAAGUUUCUUUUCCCAAAGACUUGCAAGAUAAUACCACCAAUGUAAAUAAUAAGCCCGCAUCUACGGUGACAUCCGUUGCCAGAUCUUGUUCAGAAAAGGAUUGUCGUGAGGGCGCCCUACUGAAAUAUAUUAUUGCAACACAAGGAAUUCCCACCACGUCGGACAUAGAUACUUUAAAUGCGUUUUUCCAAAAGUGUCAGACACUGGAGAUCGACGAUAAAGAAUUCGCGUAUCUGAAAUCAACCAUAUUCUUCAAUCCAGGUAAGAAAAGUACAAAAGUUCUUAAAGUUUUGUUUGGGAAGGGGGAAAUACCGGGGCUGUUCAUAGUUUUGCAUCAAGUAUUGCACUUUGAUGUAUGCAUGCUAAAGAUAUUACAAAGUGCUUGUGUUUUCAUUUUCUCUUGUGCUUAACUCUUGAAGUAUUUUUUUUUUCAUUAAUUUGAGCUUGAGAAUAAAAGAUAAUUCUAGUGGUUCAUCCUUCUAUGGAAUAAUAGACUUUGAAUGACUAAAGACUCAUUUCUCGUCUAGAACUUGCCAGAAGUCUUGGUCAUACAAAAAAUGAUUAUACAUGUACAUUUUAGGUACUUGUGCAGGCUGUGUCCUUUCUCUUUUGUGUCUACGCGAUAUAUUUGGACUUUCUCUCUUUGUCUAUAUAUACUGUAGUUUUAAUGAUUGAUUCAUAUUCUUUUUGAAAUUAAAUAAGAAUGUGGUUCUAUAGAGGUCGAGAAGAUUGGCGAGCUGUGCUCAAGAAAACAUCAGUAAGGUGUAAUGUGAUGCAACUAAACCAUAUUUUCUAUACAUGUAGUAGUGCCCGGCACAUAUGGGUAUAUAGGGUAUGCAUGGAUGUUCAAAUUUUGUCAAAUUAAAAGUUCAAAGUUGUUUUAUUUCAUUUUCAACUGAACAAAAUAAAGUGGUCAUCAAUAAAUUACAAUGACAUUUGCAAAUUAAGCUUAUACAAACAAUGUAAAUUGAGGUAGGUAUGUACAAUGUUUGAUAUUUUUCAUGAAAGUAUAACAAAUCAUGAUACAAAUUAUGCAAAUUAUCACACACAUUAUACAGGGAAUAGUUUUCCUGGUAUCGCAUCGCAAUUUGCUCCACAUUUUUGAAAGACUGCUAUGCAUAAACUGUUUGUAUAGCAUAUU